CAAGACGCCGAGUGGGAGGAGUUUAGUUUAGUAGUGUGGCUUCCCCCCCCCUCAAUUCAGGAAAAGGCCUGGCCAAUGGGAACGCACUCGCCCGAGGGCGGCGACCAAUCGGAAGCGUAGAAGUGGACGUAGGCGAAGAGCGCGCGGUGAUUGGUCGCGGGCGCGGCCAAUGGGGGAGCUUGGAAUGGAUGGGGUGUUGUAGGAGGGGUCUUUGAGCAGCAACCGCCUGGGCAGGCAUGGAAAGGUGGGUGAAGAGGGGCUCGCGUGGGGGCUGGUGGGGGGCGCAGGGGGGGCGCCCUCCCAGGGGUCGCCUUCCUCCCCACACGUCAUUCCUCCGAGCCUCCUUGCAGCCUGAGGGGCAGCCCUGGGGAAGUGGGGCUCAGGGCUCGGGGCUGGAGGGAAGCUGCGCAGGGGUUGAGGGCACUCAGAGAAGGGGGCCUGGGGGUUAUGGGGCUGCUGAGGGGAGCAGGGCAGGGUCAGGCCCCGGGCCCCCGGAGACACACCUUUGGAGGCUGGGGCAGAAGGAGCAGUGGGGACGGAGGACACAGGCUCAGUGAUCAUCAUUAUUCCGAUUAUUGCAUUUAUGCCCCACUUUUAUGGGACGCGGGUGGCGCUGUGGGUUAAACCACAGAGCCUAGGGCUUGCCGAUCAGGUCGGUGGUUCGAAUCCCCGCGACAGGGUGAGCUCCCGUUGCUCGGUCCCUGCUCCUGCCAACCUAGCAGUUCGAAAGCAUGAAGUGCAAGCAGAUAAAUAGGUACCACUCCGGCGGGAAGGUAAACGGCAUUUCCGUGUGCUGCUCUGGUUCGCCAGAAGCGGCUUAGUCAUGGUGGCCACAUGACCCGGAAGCUUUACAGGCUCCCUCGGCCUGUAAAGCGAGAUGAGAGCCGCAACCCCAGAGUCGGCCACGACUGGACCUAAUGGUCAGGGGUCCCUUAACCUUUUACCCCACUUUUACUCCAAGGGGCUCAAGGUGGUGGAUAUGUUUCUUCUCCCCCACCCACAUUUAAUCCCCACAACACCCCUGCGUGGCAGGCUAGGCUGAGAGGCAAGGACCGGCCUCCAGCGAGUUGCACGGUCAGAGCUUUCCAAACUUUUCAUGUUUUUAGACGCGCAUCAUUUCGCAAAACAGCGAUUCAGUUUUACCAGCAAACCGGAGGUUCAACUAACCCCUUUCCAGCCCCGGGAGGAGCACGAUGUGUAGGUGUGUUGCUUUCGCGCAACACACACCUACACACUGCAGUUGACACGCUGGCGUGUCGCGACACGCAGUUUGGAAAGCUCUGCUCUAGUUCCCAGUCUGACACUCUCAAGCUUGGGUCCCCAGCUGCUGUUGGACUACAACUCCCAUCAUCUUUGGCUAGCAGGAUCAGUGCUCAGGGACGAUGAGAGUUGUAGUAGUAGAACAGCAGCUGGGGUUUCCACUUGCAUCAGGAUGCCUUUGUCAUAGAAUUCGGGGGGCACAGGUGUUGCUGAGGCUCCAUAUCAACCCUGCCAGCAUAGCCAAUUAUCAGGUCCCUCUGCACCAGGUUGACAUCAUUUUGUGGCAUAGGGGGCUUGUCCUCCCCAGCCUCCCACUUUCCUCUAGCACUUGUGUGUGAAAUGUCGCAUUUGCCAGAACUUCCAGUAGGCUUUUCUGAAAGGUACAGGCCCCUGCGUGGAAGAAAUAUCGGGGUUUGGAAGGGCAUCGGGGUGUGUGGAUGGGACAUGAUUGGGGAGGGGCAGGAUGUGGAUGUUGUGGGUAGCAGGGAGCUGAGGGAAGGGCAGAUGAGAUCCUCAGAUAUUGUGGGAGAAGGCAAUGAAUGGAGAAAAAGAUGGGGUUAACCAGUUUCAGGGAUAACGGUGUAUUAGGGAGCACCUGUGUUUCAGAAUGCGAAACUGACUGCUCCUUUGCUUGGCAGGAUGGGUGAAGUGGAGAUCUCUGCCCGGGCUUAUGUCAAGAUGUGUCUCCAUGCUGCUCGCUACCCCCACGCCGCAGUGAACGGGCUGCUUUUGGCUCAGAGACGCCAGGCAACAGCCAGCCAGCCAGAAUGCCUCUGUAUUACAGACUGCAUCCCCCUCUUCCACAGCCACUUGUCGCUCACAGUCAUGCUGGAGGUGGCUCUGAACCAGGUAUGCCCUUGGAGGGACGCAGAUAGCAGAGGGGGGACCAGCAGGCCACUUUAAACAAGGAAUGAACCAACCGGGCAACCCAGGGGUCAGGAACCUCUGUUUGUCCAGAUUUUCUGGGCUACAACUCCCCUCAUUCCUGAUCAGAAGCCAUGCUGCCUAGGACUGGCGGGUGUUGAACCUAUAGGCCAUAGGUCUCUCUCUCCCCACCCCUCCCCAGUGCAACCUCACACUAAAUAUCUCUCCCCCCAAAAAACCCAUCAUUAACUGGUGGGUAUGAUGUAAGGCCAUAGAACUGGCUUCUUUCCAUCUUGCCUUUCAGACCACAGAGCUUAAAAGCGACUUGCCGAUCAGAAGGUCGUGCAGUGCGGAGUAAUCCUAGCUCAGAUAAAAGGUGAGCAUCAAAGCGGUUGCACGAGUCCACAGCACCUGCUUAUUCCUAGCAGUUCAGAAAGCACGUCUAAGCCUGCAAGUAGAUCAAGAGGUCUUCAGGGGGUGAUAUGAUAGCCAUGUUCAAAUGCACUACACAGGAUGUCGCACAGAGGAGGGAGUAAGGUCAUGCUGUCUGCAUGCUCCGAGAAGCUGGACACCGGAGUCACUGGAUCCAAACUACAAGCGAGAUGAACUGGUCAUGACUGGACCUAAUGGUCAGGAAGUACCUUACCUGUACCGUAUGAGCUGUUCGGUCAGUGGAACUGGCUGCCUAGGUGUGUGGUGGAGUCUUGCCUUCUUUGGACGGUCUUUUAAGCAGAGCGAUUGCAUCUCAGGUGUGCAAUGAGGAGUAAUCCUAGCUCAGAUAAAAAAGAGAGAAUCAAAGAGGGUUGCAAGACUCGAUGGCAACUGUUUGGUCUCUUCCAACUCUAUGAUUCUAUGAUACUUAUAGGAGACGCAAUCCCCUUUUUCCCCCAGGUCCCAAUUUGUACCUUUCUAGAAUGGUGCAAUAUUCACAAUGCUUAAAUGUGAUGUCAGCUCAUUAAAAGCAAAAUACCAGAGUGCUACUCAUUCUUGGAACAGAUCCAUUGAAAUGAAAGGACACAGUUACCUUAGGUCCAUUAAUUGUGCUGGGUGGACCCCAAUGGUUUGAACAGCUUCCCGUGUUCCUAUGAAUUUAUAUGUCUUUUGCAGGUUGACAUCUGGAGUUCGGAGCUGAAUUUGCUCCUUGCUGGCUAUUACCAAGCCAACUCUGGGCUGGACGACAAGAGGUAAAUCUGGGGAGCAGAGUUUGGUUUAUUAGUUAUUAAUUAGUUACACCCUGUCCAUCUGGCCAGGCCUCCCCAGCCACUCUGGGCGGCUCCCAACACAAUAAAACACCAAACAUUAUAAACUUCCCUAAACAGAGCUGCCUUCAGAUGACUUCUAAAAGUCAGAUAGUUGUUUAUUUCCUUGACAUCUGAUGGGAGGGCAUUCCACAGGGUGGGUGCCACCACCAAGAAGGCCCUCUGCCUGGUUCCCUGUAACCUCGCAGUGAGGGAACCACCAGAAGGCCCUCAGAGCUGGACCUCUGUGUCUGGGCUGAACGAUGGGAGUGGAGACGCUCCUUCAGGUAUACUGGGCCAAGGCCGUUUAGGACUUUCAAGAUCAGCACCAACACUUUGAAUUGUGCCUGGAAACGUGCUGGUUAGAGGUAUCUCUCCUCCUUUAACCUGUUCUCUCCCUCCUUUCCGUGUUCCCCCGAAGCGCUUCUUUCCUCGCACAAAAGACUGUCGGACGCAUUGCUGAACUAUAUGAGGGCGCCGUUCUUAUCAUGGUGAGAGCUGGGAUCGGGGCCAACUGGGUCUGGACUAUGUAGGGCAGAGGUGGGCAAUCUGUGUGUCUCCCCCACCAGAUGCCCCUUUCAAAAUUUCUAGACUUUCCCAUCUGUAUCCAGCACUCCUUUCACAUCCUGCCUCUUACCACCUAGCUUUACUUAAAGACAAGGCAGGGGUGUCUUUCCCCAGAACUACAGAAACCUGACUGCUGUCGCCAUCUGCUUACUCCCCCCAGUUGGAUAACCGCAAGUUCACGAUAAACCCCCGGGUCCCUCCGGUGAUCGUUCUGGAGCAGAAGGAUCGGCAAUGGAUCCCCAAAGACAAGAACCUGUGAGUUAACUGCUGUCUGUAAUUUCUCUCCUCUGCAAAAACCUCAUCACCAUUUCAGUUUGCAUUUGCCUUCCCAAAACAAACUGGUUGCUAUUAUUUCCAUCUUACGGUGUGGAAAUGAGCUUGCAGGGACAGCGACAUGCCCAAGUCCAGAGGAGAAAUCGUUGGCAGAGGUGGGACAGGAUCUCCCCGACUCUGUCUGUGCAAAGACACUGGCUCUCCUCAGCUCUUUACCCGAAGCGUCAGUGGGAGAGAAUUGUCUGGGUCGAGAUUUUUAAUGCCCUUCUUUUGCUGGUUUCUAGGGUCAUGUGGAGCGACUGGGAAUCCUCUCGUCACAUCUGCAAGACCCUCCUAGAAGACAAAGCUUACUCCCAGUUGGUGGAUUUUGAUGCCCACCUGGAUGACAUCAGAGAGGACUGGACCAAUCAGCAGCUGAACACAAAAAUUGCCCAGUUGGUAUCAGUGGCCAAUGGCAGUGCGUGAAGGAAUCAUAGCUCAUCCGUAGCAGUUAAGAGAAGGGCCAUCGGAUGAUCAGAGGCUAAUCUCAGACUGUUUCCGAGAUGGCUGUAAAGAAACUGGAUUUGCAGCUGGUGGGAUUUUUGAAAUUCCUGCAGAAAAGGACCUGGCCAAAACUAAUCACGGUUGUGCAAAAAAAAAAGGGGGGGGGGCUCAAACCUUCUUUUUUUUUUUUUUUUUUUGCCAAUUGAUAAUUUUGGAAACAUGUUGCUUCUAGAUACAGAUCUGGAUUUAUUCCACCCCCUUGAGAGAUCCUGCACUUGUAGGAGAUGAAAAGUUGUUGCUGCAUUUAUUUAGUUUCAUAACAUAAUAAAUUU